AUGUCCACAUCGAUCCCGUACCUGAUCUCAAAAUUCGCCGACCCCAUCUUCGCAUUCACCAUCGGCACCGCAGCGGCCGCGGUGCGUAUCCGUCGCGAUCAGCAAGAAAAAUAUCCCGAGCGGGCGUCGGAAAUAGGAUAUGGAGUUGUGCUGGCUGAUGGCGGGAGACGGUUGCAGCGGUGGUGGAGGGGGGAUUUCAGCGGGUUAUAA